CACAGGGAGUGUCUGGCGAUGUAGUAUCGCGUUUGUAAUUAAACGCUCGCUUUUAUUUGUAGCAUUUUUAUUUCUACCUUUUGAAAACUUAAUUCUCCUCAACCAGUUUGAGGUUCAGUGUGUUUAAGUAAACAUCUCGUUUUCGAUUUUUGCAUUCAAAGUGAGCCUAGUGAAGUUUAUUGCAAGUUAAACGGGUUAACGAGGCGGCAUAGGUUAAGAAAUUGUCGACGGGGAGUGUCUCUUAAGAGCUGAAUCAGUUCUGAUCUCUUUCCAUAAUUGCAUUUAUUCUUUUAAACGACACUGUUAGUCAGAAUUAAUAGUGUGCUACUGUUGCUGAAACCCUAAAAUGCUUAGUGCAUAAAUACAAAAUGUCCAGAAUAAUGACUUGUUUAUUAAGUACUGUGGUGUUUUCACUCAUUCUUUUAUUCCCUGCACUUGCACAACAUGCCUUUUAUCAACAGACUUAUUAUAAGUGUCCCCAACAUUGGAAACAAUUUCAAGAUUCAUGCUAUCGUUUUGUCAAGAGCCCACUGAGACAACGAGAAGAUGCACGAAAAAACUGCCAAGCAUUUCAGAGUGAUUUGCUUUCUAUUCACUCACUGGAAGAGUACAGAUUUGUGCUCUACGAGUUGAUUUACCAAGAUCCACAACAUCGUAGAUGGCUCACAGGAGUGAGGCUCAUCAAUGGCAUAUGGAUAAAUGAGGCUGACGGUACAUCCAUGCAAAAUAUGGAUAAUGCUUUUCUACCUGAACCUAAUGACAAUGUAUUAGGAAGAGAAUACUUAGCAUAUUCCUACUCUAAUAGUCUUCAGCGUUGGGGAUUAGAGAAAGUCACCAAUAGAGAGGAGCUUUUAUACAUUUGUAAAGGAUCUAUUUCCAUUCUUUAUUAUUUGGUAGAUGAUGAUCGAUCUUUUCAAUAUGGUCACAAUAUUGAUAAUCCCCUUCAAAUACCUAGAGGACCAUACUUCAUAGUGCAACCCAAGAAGAGAGUGUUUGAUUCAUCAAGAAGAAAGACAAAUAAUGAUAUCUCAUUGAGCUGUCUGGCAGGUGGAUAUCCUACCCCGACCUAUGAAUGGUACAAAGAAGAAUAUUUAAAUGAUCGGCUUGUUUCAAUAAAAAUAGAUCCUAUUAAAAACAGCAAGUAUACUAUAAGUGGUGGAACAUUAAUCAUCUAUGAUCCAGCACAGAACAGAGAUCAUGGCAUGUAUCAUUGCAAAGCAAAGAACAAAUUUGGCACGAUUUUAUCUGAGAGUGUUGAGCUGUUAUUCGGAUACAUCCUAGAAUUUAAUUUGAAACGUUCUGAAGAACGCGGAGAUAUCCAUUGGGGUAAAACAAUUUAUUGCGAUCCACCACAACAUCAAUCGGAUGUAAAAUAUCUUUGGUCGCGCGAUUGGGUCUUUCCUAAUUUCGUCGAGGAAAGUAAACGUGUAUUUGUAUCGUAUGAUGGAGCACUCUACUUCUCUGCAUUGGAAAGCGUUGAUGAAGGAAACUAUUCAUGCAGUCUUCAAAACGUCGCGUCUAAUACUGGACGCAACGGACCAUUUUUCUCGUUAUGGGUGGACUCGAGCACUUCUUAUCAGCAGUUGAAGUUUCCCAACAAUUUUCCAAAGGCGUUUCCAGAAUCACCAAUAGCCGGCCGUGAAGUUAGAAUGGAAUGUAUCGCAUUUGGAUAUCCUGUUCCAUCGUACAAUUGGACGAGGAGAGACGCUCCCUUGCCACGCGAUGCACAAAUAACAAGUGGGAAUCGAGUGUUGAUACUACGACAAGUACAAGUGGAGGAUCAGGGCGAGUACAUUUGCCGAGCGUUCAACGAUCGACUGUCAAUACAGAACUCCGUGUAUUUAACUAUACGAGCAGAGCCUAAUUUCACCAUACCGUUGGUUGACAAGCAUAUGGAUAACAAGGCAGAUCUAACUUGGACCUGUGAAGCGUUUGGCAUACCAGACGUAACUUAUUACUGGUUAAGAAAUAGUGAAAUCUUGAACGAUACUUUACCGCACCAAGAUAGAGAUCGUUAUACUAUACAAGAUAACGUACUAAAUAUAAAACGUUUGGAUCCUGAAAGGGAUCAGGCUAUGUAUCAGUGCUGUGCAAGGAAUUCACUGAAGACGAGAUGCUCAUCAGCGCAGCUUAGAAUUUUAUCGUUGAAACCUUCUUUUAAAAAACGGCCUAUGGAAUCUGAGACAUAUGCAGCUGAAGGAGGAAAUGUCACAAUUGUAUGCAAACCAGAGGCCGCGCCUAGACCGAAAUUUAUUUGGAAGAAAGACGGAAAUGUGAUUGGAUCAGGCGGUAGACGAAGAAUUUUGGAUACUGGAAACCUUAUCAUCAGUCCGGUAUCACGAGACGAUGAGGGAACAUAUGUGUGCACAGCGUCGAACGAGUACGGCAGCGAUGAAAGUCGUGGACGACUCAUUGUAUUACGCGGAGCGGAAUUUAUCGAGAGAUUGCCGCCAAGGAUAGUCAUGUCUUACAAUGACAAUCAGACAUUACGCUGCUUGAGCCACACAGACGAAUUAUUAGAUGUGGCUUAUAUCUGGACACACAACGGCAUGUCUAUCCGUGAUGAAGACCUGAGAUAUAAUCCGCGAUGGAACAUCAAUAAUGAAUAUCUGGAUAUUAUAAACGCCACAUAUGCUGAAGCUGGCGAAUAUGAGUGCAUUUUGAAAAGCGCUGUUGGCGAAAUAUCGAGUAGAACGAAUUUGAUCAUAGAAGGACCACCGGGCCCGCCUGGUGGUAUACAGGUUUUCAACAUUGAAAGGAAUUCAGUUACAUUACGCUGGAUUGAUGGCGCCUUUAAUGGCAGAGAAAUAACUAAGUAUACAAUCAGCGGACGCACAAAUUACAAUCGCACGUGGUUUCCUAUUGCAGAAAAUAUUACGGCCUAUGAGGUGGAUAGAUACACCGGCCGAAAAGAAGCACGCAUGGAGAACGUUUUGAAUCCUUAUUCCACAUACGAGUUCCGCGUGCAGGCCUUUAACAUAUAUGGUUACGGCCCGCCAUCGACGUCCUCCCCUCAAUAUCGCACUUCGACCGACCGGCCUACGAAAGCACCGUCCAAUAUUGGCGGUGGCGGAGGAAAUAUCGGAGACCUAAUGAUUACAUGGAAUCCUCUCAGCCAGUCCGAUCAGAACGCUCCUGGAAUACAUUAUAGGGUAUUCUGGCGCCGCCAAGGACUCAACGAAUUCCAAACACAGACUCUGGAAAAGUUCGGGAAUACUGGCAGAUAUUCCACAACAGUGGGUCGUGAUAAUUAUUAUAUGAAAUAUGAAGUGAGAGUUCAGGCGAUCAAUGACAUAGGCGAGGGUCCUAUAUCGGAAAUAAAGGUUGUGUACAGUGCCGAAGACAUGCCGCAGGUCGCGCCGCAAUUAGUAUAUGCGAUGUCUUACAACAGCACUAGCUUGAAUGUUACUUGGGCACCGAUCGAGCAGACUCGCGAGCGAGUGCGAGGCAAACUUAUAGGCCACAGGAUCAAGUACUGGGUGAAAGAUCACAGUCGUGAAGAGGAUUCUACUUACUACUUAUCGCGCUCCACGCGUAAUUGGGCGCUGAUCGUUGGAUUGCAGCCGGAUACAUAUUAUUACGUAAAGGUAAUGGCCUUCAAUUCCGCCGGUGAAGGUCCGGAGAGUGAACGGUACAUAGAGAGAACUUACCGCAAGGCGCCGCAGAAACCACCGUCCUCGGUGAACGUGUAUGGUGUAAAUCCAUCGACGGUGCGAGUUACCUGGCGCUACGUACAACCGAGUAUGGAUGAGGAGCCGCUGAAGGGAUACAAAAUACGCAUAUGGGAAGUCGAUCAGGACAUGAGCACGGCGGAAGACACGAUCAUACCGGGUGGUUCUAAACUGGAGGCCGAUAUCAGUAACUUAGCCCCGGGCAAGAGAUACCAUAUGAGAGUGCUUGCGUUUAGCAAUGGCGGUGAUGGCCGGAUGUCAAGCCCUACUCAUACAUUCCAAAUGGGUGAUACCGCAGCUUUCAGAAGCAACGCCGAGAAUAAAAUUUUAGACGUUACUUUAUUGAUAACUUCCUUGUUGUUCUUGAGAGUUUUCGGCUUUAUAUAGUAUAAAAUAAUUUUUAAUAACUACGAUAGGCUAUAAUAACGAUUAUCAUUAAAUUUUGUACGAUUUUUUU